GGGCCGGGGGCGAGGGACGGACAGACAGACAGACGGACGGGCGGCCGGUGAGAGGAUGUGAAGAUGGCGGAGCUGCAGAUGCUGCUGGAGGAGGAGAUCCCCGGGGGGCGCCGGGCCCUGUUCGACAGCUACACCAACCUGGAGCGGGUGGCCGAGUACUGCGAGACCAACUACAUCCAGUCAGCAGAUAAGCAGCGAGCCCUGGAAGAAACCAAAGCCUACACAACCCAGUCGCUAGCAAGCGUAGCCUAUCUGAUCAACACUUUGGCCAACAAUGUUCUCCAAAUGCUGGAUAUCCAGGCAUCCCAGCUUCGGCGCAUGGAAUCUUCAAUCAACCAUAUUUCACAAACGGUGGACAUUCACAAAGAGAAAGUUGCUAGAAGAGAAAUUGGUAUCUUGACUACAAACAAAAACACCUCAAGAACUCACAAAAUCAUUGCACCAGCUAACUUGGAGCGACCAGUUCGCUACAUCAGGAAACCUAUUGAUUAUACAAUUCUAGAUGAUAUUGGACAUGGAGUGAAGUGGUUGCUUAGAUUUAAGGUCAGCACCCAGAACAUGAAGAUGGGUGGGCUGCCUCGCACAACACCACCCACCCAGAAGCCACCAAGUCCACCAAUGUCAGGAAAAGGAACUAUUGGGCGGCACUCCCCGUACCGCACGCUGGAGCCGGUGCGGCCCCCGGUGGUGCCCAACGAUUACGUACCGAGCCCGACGCGCACCAUGGCCCCGGCCCAGCAGAGCCCUGUCAGAACCGCCUCGGUCAACCAGCGCAACCGCACCUACAGCAGCAGUGGCAGUAGUGGAGGAAGCCACCCAAGUAGUCGGAGCAGCAGUCGAGAGAACAGUGGAAGUGGAAGUGUAGGUGUUCCCAUUGCUGUUCCCACACCAUCUCCUCCUAGUGUCUAUCCAGGUCACCCAGUUCAGUUCUACAGCAUGAACAGGCCUGCAGCUCGGCACACGCCCCCGACCAUCGGGGGGUCUUUGCCAUAUCGGCGGCCUCCUUCUAUCACAUCCCAGACGAGCCUUCAGAACCAGAUGAACGGAGGCCCCUUCUACAACCAGAACCCAGCAUCCCUUGCUCCUCCUCCCCCCUCCAUCCUACAGGUAACUCCACAGUUACCACUAAUGGGAUUUGUGGCCAGAGUUCAAGAAAACAUUUCAGAUACUCCUCCCCCUCCACCGCCUGUGGAUGAGCCAGUGUUUGAUGAGUCUCCACCCCCACCCCCACCUCCAGAGGAUUAUGAGGAGGAGGAAGCAGCUGUGGUGGAGUACAGCGAUCCCUAUGCUGAGGAGGACCCUCCCUGGGCACCGAGGACAUACUUAGAAAAGGUGGUGGCAAUCUAUGACUACACCAAGGACAAGGAAGAUGAGCUCUCAUUUCAGGAAGGUGCCAUCAUUUAUGUCAUCAAGAAGAAUGAUGAUGGCUGGUAUGAGGGGGUCAUGAAUGGAGUGACGGGGCUGUUCCCAGGGAACUAUGUGGAGUCGAUCAUGCAUUACUCAGAGUGAAGACCAGAGGACAGAACACUGCAUCUCCUGCUGCAGGAGCUGUCAGGGCUUCCCAGAUCUCCACCAGCCUCUGGGACCCCGUCCAGUAUAACUGAAUGAAGGAUAAAUGUAACAACCACUCUUUUGGGUUUGGUUUGGUUUUUUUUUUAUUUUCCCCCUCACGAUAAGACAAUAGUGAUUUGAGUUGUUUGAACAAAUGGCUCUUCAGCUGCCAGCAGAGGCUAUCCUGAGCUAUCUGACUUUGAAUUAAGCUGACCCAUUCAGAUGUAACAAACUCGUUGAUUAGCUCAUACUUCACUCGAAUUCUGACUUUUGACAGGCCUUGGGAUCUGUCUCAGGAAUCCUGUGUGCCCUCACGGUACUUAUAUUGGAAGCAGUGCCUGGCACUGGGGAUGUCCUGGAUGCUUGUGGUGAAGGUUACUGGCCAGUGAGCAUCCCUCCUGUUUCUACACUACACUCCUGUGCAGCUGGAAGGACAGUCAUGUGCUAGAAAACACUGGGAUUUCUACACAGAGACGUUCCUGUAACUGACUUCCAGAUAGCUGGAUGCAUCUUCAGCAUAAACACUUCUGCAGCUGCUCUGCACACGUAGGCUGACACAGGGCACACAGAGCCGGCUUUCAUUCACUCACCUUUCAGUUUAGACAAUUCAGAUGGCUGCAGCCCAGAGGACCACCACCCCCAUUUCUCAUCUUCUGAAUGCCACAUAUUUGUUUUGUGUUCUGCACAAAAAAAAAGAAAAAAAAAAAAAAAGAAAGAAAAAAGUGUGCUCCUCUCCACAGCGAGGUCCUUGCCACGGUUGCUGCCGGUUCGAACAGAACUCACAGAUGCCAUUGAUGGUGAAGGCAAAACAAAGUUUACAGGUCCUCCUGGGGUCUGAGGAUUAACUCUAGGGGGUGUGAUCUGAGGUUCAAAUCUACUCAUGCCUGCUUGCACUAGAGAAACUUGCCCCCAACUUUAGUUUUAUGCACAAUAUAAUUUUAAAAAUCCAAUCAGGUAUUGUAAAUUGGCUAUUUUGUACUUGAUGACUAGAUUUGCAUAUGUACUGUGAGAGCCCUGUGCAGAGGCAGGACAAACGGCAAUUGUCGUCUUCAUGUCUGUUGCCAAAUUCUCUUCAGCGGAAGCAAAAAGGGCUGUUGUGUGUACUGGUUUCCCAUGGAAAUCCAAGCAGUAACUAGUAGUAGUCCUAGCUCUUCCCCUAGCCCUCUCCACUGUUUAUUAUAAUAGAUAUUUUGAGCUGUAUUGGUGGCUUGGGGUGGAGUAAUACCAAGUGAAGGCUCUGUAGGUCCUUGAGAUGAUACUUUGCUUCCUAAUCUAGUUCAGUUAAAAGUUCUGCUCAGUGAUUGUACACAUCAGAUCACUGUAAGUGAUGGUUGUACUUGUCUGCCCUUAGGAACAUCUAAAUGUUACCUUUGGGUAAAUAUUAUGCAUUAACUAAUUAAAUUUCCUGUUAAGUCUUGUUAGUCUGCAAAUUGAGCUGAUCUUGUAUUAUGAGAGUCUCCUGGGCAAGGGCAUCCUCCUGGGCAACUUUAGACUGUCACCUGGCCAAUCUGUAGCUGGUAGCAAGAGUAGCUUGUCCAAGGUGAGGCAAGGCUGCAGCCAGAAAGGCCAGCACAGGAGAGCAGGGCUGGCUGUGUGAUGCACUGGCACCAGUCUUGGCAACUGACCCAGUCCCUUGGUAGGUAGUGCAGUGCCAGCAUGGAGGUGCAGGUUUGGUGCCAGCCUGGGCAGGGAGAUGCCAUAGCUGCUCAGAGGGGAAGAAGGAAGAAACAAAUGAGUGUUUGUAGGCCAUGGAGGAAUAUGAUCACCUGCUGUGAGCUUGUGGAACUCCUGUGACAGUGCGCAAGAAACUGGUUUGGUUAAAGUCUGCAGGAAGGACAGUUGGAAGAAAUUCAUGUGCAGAUAGAAGUCGCUUUCUCCCUUGCUAAUCCACAUGUUGUCUUCUUUCUGGAAGCUGACAGCAUUGUUUGGGAUGAGUGCCAGAACAAAUACCCUUUAAGCCAUUUACUCUGAAAAGUUUUCUUGCAGCAAGACUGAGAAGCAGCCGUGUUCAGUUGUUCCCUCAGCCCAUCAUUUCUAUGGAAGCAAGUCCAGAACCACUGUUUGUGCAGUCACUGGAAUUAAUUGUUUCUAGUGUCAUUGGGCAGGUCUAAGCUUUUGACACAGGGAGGUGGUGCUUGUAGCAAAGGUGAUUGAACAGCAGCAUUGACAAGCCUUUAGUGCUUAUUGGGGGGCUUGUGUUUUCCAGGAAUACCAGAGCUUUCCUGGCUUCUCUUGGCUUGGAUAUAUUUGUGGCAAAAACAGAGCCCACAGUGCUCAAAUGCAUCAUAAGGGCAGCUUAAUGAGUUCCUAAGUGAGAGCUGAACCUCUGCCUGCGCACCCAAACUGCAGCUGGCAGGUCACACUUCAGUGAAACGUGUGUCAACCCACUCUGAGCAAGAGCUUGUGCUUGAACACUUCUGGCAGGUGGGUGGGGUAGUGUGUACUCCCAGUGGGUGCGAUACUUAAUCUUCAAUCAGCUGGUUUUUUGUCUUGCAAGUUUUCUGUGUUGUGAGAGCAGAGCAGUGUGAGAUGAAUGCUUGCCAGAGCCCAGCACAGAAGAUGAGGCUGCAAAACCUUGACAGUGGAAUGUGUGACAGCUCCUCAGGAAUUGGCUUUGGUCUGAUGCGCCAGGGGUUAAUUUGGUCCCUGCUUGGUAGUACAUGGAAUUGUUUAUUGUGCAAGAACUGCUGUGGAUGGAAUUUCUGGGUCACCUCCUGCUGGUUUUAUGCUUUAUUAUGCAGUACUAAUGUAAAGAAAUUUGUUGAGUUUUAUGCAUAUUUUUAUUUUGUACAGAUUUUAAUUCUGUUGCUUGUUUGGGGAUGAUGUGAUGUAAUGGUCAUAGACCAGGCCAAGGUAAACAGGCUUUGUAUAUUAGUGUUACAUAGAUUGCAUGCUAGUAAAGUCAGUGAGGGUUGUGUUUCCAGUUUUGUCCUGUGUACUUCUCCUUGUCCAAAACCUUCUCUUCCCCACCCCUUUUUAAUUUACAGGUUUACUUUAAAAGGGGGUGGCAAAUCGGGGGUGAGGAGAGAAACACCUCAGUAUUUUAAAUAAGGUGCACAACAUCUCUUCACUGCUGAGUUUUGCUGCCACAGCUCAUGGUGUUCUGCAUCACAGGCUGUUGAAGCGGGAGUGAGUAUGUAUGAGAGGUGGGGGAAGGAGACACUCCAGCAUAGCCCAAAGAGUUUUGCUGAAUGGCCAAAAUGUAUAUGUUUCUCCCUUUGUGAGAACUGCCUUAGCCCAGCCAGCUGUUUUCAUUGUGCACAGAAAUUGUUCAGCAUCCUCUAGCGGUGUAUGUUGCCUUGGUUUACUGUGUAUCAAAGGUUUCUUCCUUCCUCUUGGCACCAGGGACAAAGCUAUUAACUACAGCUGCCUCUCUGUAACGUGCCUACAUGAGAGGAGAUCUGAGUCUGUCCACAUCUAGUGCUGAAGCAGGUUCAUUUUGGUGCCUUCAUUCCAGCCAAAGAGAGAUAGCUGAGGUUGCAAAUGUCUCACCCAUUCUUUCCCCUCCUUUUCCCCUUCCCCUCAGCUGCUGUAGCAGAGGGCUGAGAGGGGCAGGAGAGGCAACCAGCAAGUUCUAGGCCCGAGUGUCCUGAGGGUGUCCAUGUGCAUUGACUGGAGUAGGCACCAGACCAAUGCUGGAUCUCUUGCUGGUCUGGCUGGUUAGACACAAACAUGCAUUGAAGGGCCACUGCUCUCACUGGAGGACAAGAGGUGUGGCUUGGCCCUGAGGUAGAUGACAGGUGUGUGUUAUCAGGAGGCUGAAGGUGUUCCUGGAAUUCAGCUUGUCCUUGCAGAUGGUUGAAGUUGGAUGUCAUGGAAGUGUCUGGAGCUGUCUGCUGGUAUGAGCCACAGGUCCUGUGGUGUGUGGCUCGCUGGCUUACCCAUGGAUGCCAGAAAGGCACAGACUCAGCUAGUUCUUGCUAGACCAGUUUGUUCUCCUUUCACAGCUGCUGGGCAUUUUCUUUUCUUGCUGCUGAGGGUUCUUGGUGAUAGCCAAAGUUGACAGUGGCUGUAAUGGACCUUCUGAAAAGUGCCACUUUUACCUGGGGUAUUUCAGUUGAUCAUGAAAAGAAAGCGAGGAGGCAGCAGGACUGAGGAGCCUUUUCCAGCAGAGGAUGUGUGGGCUGCCUGCCUGCUGUGCAUGUGCACAUUGAUGACUUAGUGGAAGAGGACUGUGCACUGAUACUGUUGAGCUUCUUGGUGUCUCUCACCUGUGCUUGAUGGUGACUUAAUGCUGUGCUCUUCCUAGCAACUUCCACCACUUCCUAGCAGAUGCUGUGGAUGCACUUCUCUGCUGGAAACAAACUUUUUUGUUCCAUCUGUGGGCUCCAGGCAUAGAGCAAAACCUCCACAUCUUCCUUUCUGGAAAGAAUGGAACUUUAUGUGGUUUAGUAAACUGGGUGCAUUUACAGAGCUUCUCCUCCCAGAGGUGCAACAGAACAUUUUGUGAAACAGGUGAUAUCUGUAUUCUCUGCAGCCCACUUUUGGAAGCUGCUUAGAGAAUGCUGUUGAAAAGACCACAGUGCUGUGGCUUUACUAGGAGCAGCAGUUGCGUUCAGAGUAUUAAGUGUCACUGGUGAAGCACUGCAGCAUUUCAGGCAGCAUUACAAACCACAUGCAGAGACUUCAAGUACCUAUGUUGGCAACUGUGGCAGUGGAAAAUGUACAGUACUGUUCAUUCUCUAAGGCAAGUAUUUUACAACACUACGCUCUAGGGAAGGUGGUGGUGGAAACAACACCAGCAGGAUCAUGGGCUGCAGCUUCUGGGUGCCAGUCGCAAGAAUUUACUGUGCGUAUUCACCUUCCCCAGCUUCUGGCAUCUCCCAGUAUUUGGCACAGCUGCAUUUUGUGGAUAAAAUAGUUAUUACACAGAGGUCAGGACAGUACAAGAAGGGAACAGUAUAUGGUUUGUUUUGGGGAUUUGCCCCCAUAGUAGCUGAAGUCAAUGUGUAGUAGCAGCCCUAUUUACCAAUUUCUAAUGUUAAAACUUCAAGCAUAGCAGUGCCUCAUGUCCAUGGGGAUGUGUUGAAAGCUUCAUUCAGCCAAGGUUUGACAACUGCUGUUAGAAAGAAUAAUUCACAGAUCAUGUUCUGCUGCUUUCAUUUGAAAUAAAACCCACCCAUGUGUUUUGUGUAAUCUCCAGCCCAUGUGGGAAGAGGUUUGGGGGAUUUUUUGGUACUCUAAAUAUACUAAUUGUAUUAGACAUAUAACAAGACAGUGAUGGCAGCAGCAGCCUGCUGUCCAGAGGUAAUCCUACACCCAGGACCCUGCUGAACACUGAUAUGGAGACCCUGCUGAAAUGGGUGCAGUACAUUUGUUGCAGUUUCUCUUUAUACCUCCGAAGAAUCCUACCACUACUGACUAAUAGGAAGAGCUAUGUACAAGUUUAUUUCCAUUACAGCGCCUCGGUAAGUGCUGACAUGUCCAAGAUUUUUUUGUAAAGAACAAGUGCUUCUUUUCACAUUUGAAAAAGUGUCUUUUGCAACUUGCAUGGACAAGUAGUUUCUAUGAAUUCUCUGGAGAUGUCAGUGUCUAACAUGGAUUUUGUCCAUGCACUUUUUUCUGAAAGCAGAUACCCCCCACUUUGGUUUGCAGUUGGAGCAGCACGCUGUGCUUUUGCUUUGGUACUGCUGAUGCAGUGGAUGGAUGCAGACCCCACUGUAAAUGACCAAGCCCACAGGACUCUGGGGAGCUGUAUGCCACCAGUAAAGUUUUAGUGUGUGUGCCAUUUGAACCACCUUCCGUGAGUGCAAAACCCAAUUUUUAAAUUUUUUUAAUUGUACUUGGAAUUAACUGUUGCUGUGUACUAAACCCUCUUGUUAUGAGCCCUAAAUAAAAAGAACAAAGCACACCUCAUGUGUUCUGUGAGC